AUUUCCUCUGGACAGGUUUUGAUGAAUCUCCCCCAUAGAUCCUGCUGAUGUUGGCGCCAUAACGGCUCGAUAAAUAUAGCGACCGGGCCGGCCAAGGAAGUGUUACAAUCUGACGCCUUUGCGAUGUUCUGGUCACAGCCAUGAAGACGGAAGGAUUGUAACCUGGAAAGACAAGAACGGCCAUCUACAAUGGAUACCCAUCACAUACAAUGACAGAAGGACAUACCAGGACUCCUGUGAUUUGGUAACCACAGACCUUCUUCAGCAAGUACUUUCUUAUAUGGUGGAAGUCAUCCUGUAGGCUCGGAGAGUUACCUAACAUGGCGCUUUGUAUAAGACCCUCAAACAUCAGUCACUCAAUGAUGACAAAUUAACCAUCACUUUGGAGCGGUCAAGUCAACGUCAGAUCGGCAGUAAAGUGGUGAUCAUGUUCAUGGAGCUUCAUGGCCAUGCUCUGGUUCAGAAGGUACUCAAGAAGACUGGAAUGGAAUGACCUUCUGUCCUUCUACUAAAGAAAAGUUUGGCAACAUGGGAUAUUGUGUUGGAACUUAUGUUAUAUAGAACUGGAGGAGGCGGUGAUGGGACAUGACCUGAAUCAACAACGUUUGAUGAGACAAUUCCAGGUCUCAAAUGAAGAUAUUGACAAGUUUGAUUGACAAAUUGGUCAUUGGCCAUCAAUGGACCAUAUCGAUUGCAUGGUUCCAAUUUAUUUCUGAAGCCCUGUCUGGAUUGGGUCUUAUUUGUCCAUGCCGAAUCCAUGCACUCAUUCCUGGCGCAAUGUGCCAUAACUAGCCAUGUUCAGAAGUCCAUUUGCUCCUUAUCAAGGUCUACGUCUUACUAAGAACCACAGCAGAGCCCAGCUUCAGUCUACCAAACAGAAGUCCAAAACCAUCAUGGAGGAGCUACAUUUGGAUGAUACUAUUUAUAUGAAACUCCAAGACAAAAAUUCACAACCGGCAACCCUACUUUUCGUCAUAUGGCUUCCCAUCGAUUCCUUGGUAAGAGGACUUAGCCCUCCACAUAUGGAAUCACACGGACAUGGACUUUGAACACGAGAAAUGUCUGUAUCUUGUGAAUGUGGUCUGCGAGGAGCAAAAGUGCGAAGAGGAAGUAUUCCCAUUGGCAAUGAACUAUCUGGACAGGUUUUUAGCUGUUAUUCCCACCAGAAAAUGCCAUCUGCAACUCCUGGGGGCUGUCUGCAUGUUCUUAGCUUCCAAACUCAAAGAGACUAUUCCAUUAACCGCAGAGAAACUUUGCAUAUACACUGACAAUUCAAUCAAACCCCAAGAGCUGCUGGAGUGGGAGCUGGUGGUGCUAGGAAAAUUGAAGUGGAACCUCGCUGCCGUGACCCCGCAUGACUUUAUCGAACAUAUAUUGAGAAAGCUGCCAUUAUCUAAAGAUAAACUGCUCAUGGUCCGGAAGCAUGCACAGACCUUCAUUGCACUCUGUGCCACAGAUUUUAACUUUGCCCUGUACCCACCAUCUAUGAUAGCGACUGGAAGCGUAGGAGCCGCAAUCUGUGGGCUGCAGUUGGACGACGCAGAAAGCGACCUCUCCGGCGAUAGUCUGACGGAGCACUUGGCUAAGAUCACUAACACAGAUGUGGAUUGCCUUAAAGCUUGUCAAGAACAGAUCGAGUCUGUGCUAGUCAGCAGCCUUAGACAAAACAGACCGCCCAACCAACAAAGGAACGCUGUCAAGUCUGUGGACGAACUGGACCAGGCCAGCACCCCUACAGAUGUGCGGGACAUCAACUUGUAAAGGCGUUCUGCAGAGAAAGAGUCUUUCCCUUGUUCUGUAUUUUCUAGAACAAACCUGUUUAUACCUGCUCUCCCACUUAGAUUUAAAAAAAAAAAAAAUAUUUAAAUACUAUUUUAAAUACAAAAAAAAAAGAAAAAAAAAUUCUCGUUUUUGUUGCCUGUGAUGAUGUCCUUUUAGAAGGGAAUCCCACAAUAUAUUUGAUAAAUGCUGUUCUUAUUAUAUAUUGUUAAAUUUAAGUGCUUUAUGUAAGCAAAAACAGUAGAUAAUUGUCAGCCUGCAUCUGUGGGCUAAAACGUAGGUAAACUUUUUUUAUAUUUGUAGUCGCUUACACCUCUCGAUAGAUGUCAGAGAGGACGUGGGCGCCUUUUAUAUGUGGUUUUCAUAUGUAGAUUGCAAAGCAAAAGACUAAUGGAUUCUAGAGGGCAACGGAAAGUGCGAUCCCUAAAAAGACUUAAAGCCUAUUUUUCGGGCGAUGAUUUGGGAUUGAUGUUGUUUUUUUUUUUUUAUUUUAUUGUUUAAUCUAAAGAGAGGUGCUUUCUGAGUCUCCUAUUUAGUUCUGUUUACUUUUGCUGUCUAUGGUAGCUGCUACCGAAAAAAAAAAAGAUGCUUUAUUUUUGCAAACCUGAGGCAGGUGUUUUGUAUUUUUUUUUUUUCUAAACUAUUUUUGAUUUCCAAUUU